CUGACAUGCGCAGAGACACAUCCAUCUUCCGGUGACGAACUCUCGCCCGCAUAAACAUGUCAAAGUUACCAACAUUCGAAGAGGCAGGUUUUGCCAGCGUUGGAUUUGGUUUUGGAGUAAUCAGAAACUUCGCCGGAAAGCGACCAAUUUUCGCGAGUAUACAUAUCCACUUGAUCGGAACUGCUCUUGGGUUUAUGUUUGGACGGUACGUCCACAAUGCGACGGAGAGAAGAUACAGAGAGAAGCGUAUAUACAUAGAAGAUUACAUGAGGCUUCAUCCAGAAGACUUUGUGGAAGCCCCACCUAAGUACUAUAAAGAUGUUUUGCAGAAGUGGUAUCCUGUUCGAUGAUGGAUUUUACCUAGUGUGACAUUUGGUAUAAACUGUGUGAGUGUGACAGGCUCAAACCUGUGCUCAGCUCUGUUCAGCAUACAGACAUCAUGAAGCCAGUUUGUCAGCUGAAGUAGUUUUGCUGUGUACGGAAUAAUGUUGGACUGUAGACGACAUAUUUGUUUCAGCAAUCAGUGCUAACCAGGAAUAUGAUAAAUGUGCAUCCAUUUUAUGAAUAAAAAUUUUUUUGUUGUUA